AUGAAUGAUUUAAUAUUAUACGGCACUGAAUUAGAAGAGCUUUCUGAUGAAGAAGGUCAAAUUUUUGAUGAAUCCAUUCUUUCAAAAAAUAUCAAAUACGUAGAGCUUUUAAGUACACUGUUUUUAGCAGCAAUUUCACGUCGGCCCCUGAAUAUACAGGAGCAAGUAGUUAAAGAUGAAAGAGGUAAAAGACGUUUCCACGGGGCAUUUACUGGAGGUUUUUCUGCUGGUUACUUCAAUACAGUGGGAUCUAAAGAAGGUUGGCAGCCCAGUCAGUUUCGAUCUUCAAGAGAUGCUAGGGGUGAAAUUCUGACAUCAAAACCUGAAGAUUAUAUGGAUGAAGAGGAUCUUGGCGAAUACGGAAUAGCCACGAGAAAGCUCCAUACUGUUUUAGACAGUAAGAGUGGAGCUAACUUUUUCGCUUGGGAGCGUCGAACAGAACACUCUACAGUGCAAGGGCUGACUUCAGUUUUGGACUCAUUGAUUAGGCCAGUUAGUGACUCAAUGGGGAUCCGAUUGCUCAAGAAGAUGGGUUGGCGAGAAGGUCAAGGUAUUGGCCCGAAACAAACGAAGAGAACUGCUGAAAAGUUGAAAAGAAGUGAGGAUUUAGCUCGGGGUUUAGAAGGAAAUAUCGAUCUUGAAGCAAUCGAAGAAGUUGAAUCUAUGGCCCCAGGCUUUUUAUUCGCUCCUCAGGAUGUUCCUCUCCAUAAACUUCAGUCUCACGAGGGAACUCAUGGUCUAGGAUAUGAAGGUUUAAAGAAGAGUGAUGUUCUUUCAGAGAAAUAUGGAAGUAUAGAAGCUGCCCUAAAAACCAAAACAAAAAGUAGGGGGAUUCGCGGCCAGGCUUUUGGUGUGGGGGCUUUUGAGGAUGAUGAUGAUAAUAUAUUCACUGAUUACGACUUCUCGCAAUACGACUUCUCUAUCGGAAAAGAUGAUGAAAUUUCAGCACAACAGGCUGAAAUGAAUGCUAGUGGUCUAACUAAAUUUGAUAUGGUUCUCUAUCUUUCGUUUUUAGAACCUUCGUCCUUUGUCAUAUCUUCUAGUAGGUGGCAGCCUCCACGAUAUCCAGAGCCACCUCGAGUGCCGCCUAAUUUUCGUCCUAUACAUAUUCCUUUGUUUUUUGAUUUCGCAAAAGUACCAAAGAAUAUCAAACAGUUGGGUGAGAAAAUGACACCUUUGCAACGGGCGAAGUUUUUUGGUGAGGUUGACAAAAACGCGAUACUAGAACUAAUCCGCGAUGAAGAUAGGAAGCGACUGAAGAGUAGGUGGGAUGUUGUUAAAGAAGAAAGGGUAGAAAUUGAUCAAAACUUGUUUGAAGAAGAGCCCAUGAAACAAGCUCGUUUUAAACAAUAUGUAAAUUAUUUAAAAAGAGGCCUACAUUAUCCUCAGCCUGCCGAAAUGACUUCACUAGAAUGGGAUAGAGAACUACGUGAAUUCAAUGCCGUUUUACCACCACACUUACGUGCGCUGCUUCCUGAAGUAAAAUCUCGUCAAGAACCGUUAGCUCCUGUGGAAGUUAGCCUUCCUAUAGCUCAGGCCUUAAAAACGAAGUUCGUGUCAUCAAGAAAUGAAAGUAGAAAGAAGGAAGUCAUGGACGAAGACUUGCUUUCUGCAGUAAAAAUGAAAAUGUUUGGAGAAAUGACACGACAGUUGCACGAAUGGCACCCAGCUAAGCAGAUGAUUAAACGUUUUAAUGUGCCGGAUCCCUACCCUUCAUCAAGUAUUGUCGGAGUGCCGCAGUUACAAAAAGCAGUGAAAAGAGAAAACCUUAUGAAUUUGGGCAGUACGGCCGAAGAAUUGACUUAUCGAGCAAGGAGACAAAAAGAGGUUUCAGAAAAGAACGUGGUGAAAUCUGAUUCGGUUAAAGAGAGCGAAACUGAGGAAGUGGGAAAUACUGCUGAAGAUGCUGAACAAAAACCGUCAGCUGAAAAAGUUCCAGACGGUUUGCUUAAGGCUAUAUUUGGAGGUGAUGAAGAUUCCUUAUCUGGUGGUUCUGAUGAAGAGACAUCAGCAGGCCAAAGCCGUGCAGCCUCGCCUUCUGCAGCUUCACCCGUUGCUAAUGUAAAAGAACAGUUUGUGAAUAUUAUGGACAUCGCUAUUGAUGAGAAGGAUGAAGAGGAGUUUGGGCCCGCCCUUCCACCCACAUUACUUGGAAAUGAUCGAGCCCCGUCAUCACCAGUCGGCGAACAUCGGAAAGAGGUCGAUGAGAAGAGGCGCGAGAAGGAGUACUGCGACAAAAACGGCCGGAAAAGACAUUCCCACAAACACAAGAAAAAACAUAGAAACAAGAAAGGCCAUAAAGGCCACGCCUCAAGUUCUGAAAGCGAGUUAGGAAAAAGCAGGGGAAAGAAAGACUUCAACUUCACUAAAAGCAGUUUGAAAGCUGUUAGAACUUAA